UAAAAUUGAAAAUCUCUAAAUCACAUAAAAUCCUUGGUUACUGUGAAAGAAGAGAUAGAAUGUUCUUUCACACGUUUUUCUCGCUAUAAAAUUUUUGUUCUUUACGGUUGCUCUAAUACAUGAGCAAAGAGAUGGCAUGUGCCUCCCACGUUUUUCUCGCUCUAAAAAUCCACAUCACACAUUGUUGUUCAGUGCUGCCUACAGACGUUCAAGCAUUAAAUCCCAACCACUCAUCCAGAAAAUUAGGCCCCAUCCCAGGAUCUCGCCUUCUCAAAACUCGCCAUGGGCCGGUCUCAAGGUAUGAGCCCAUAAGAUGUUGAACUGGGCCUUCAAAAAUCUCAAUAACUGGGCUUUAUUGUCGAAGUUGUCCAGCUCCGUAAAUGAAAGCCCAAAGCACAGUUCUGUUUUCCGCUACACGUGAACGAAGAGAUGGCACGUGCCAGGCACGUUUUUCUCGCUUUAACGUUCAACAUCACACAUAAUUGGUCCCUACUGCUUCGUACACACGUUUGAGCUGUGUGUGUGUAUCGGAAGCAAGUAGCAAACAAAGGCCUCAAAGAAUGGCAGAAAUACAAAGCCACAAGAACCACUCGUUUUAAAUCGUGGCCAGAACCCAACUGACCUCACUCAACAACCAAUAGUUGGUUUUAACCUGAGGAAGAUGCACGAUCAAGUUCUCCAUCGCCAUGGGACACUGCUCUCUCUUUUCUCUUCUCCUCCACUAAAAUCCAUGCUCAAGAUUCCAUCUCCAUCUGGAUAAUUCUCUUCUCAAGUCUCUGUACAUCUUCUUCCACCAAUAGCCCUUCUCAAUUCUCCCACAUCAGCCAUGUCUCUCGCUCAUUGCUUGUUUUCAACUUCCAGAAAUGUUAAUGUUACCAAAUCUGAAGCUUCUUCUCCCUGUAACUCCCACUCUGGUGCACCCAAACAUCGGCCAUCUAUAUUCAUUCUACAGAAUCAGAUUCUCAAGAGACAUUACCUAUCUCACAAGCCUCACCAUCUUUCAUCUAUCUCGAAACUCAAGCACCCUUUUGCUGGGAUAUCGUCUUUUGCUGAAGCAGGGGGCGAAGGGAAGCAGGAAAUAAUUCGACUCAACCAACAUCAUGAGCAUGAGCAAGUAGGAGGGGAGGAGGACAUACCAGGGAUGGCUGAGGCCUUCCAUAUAUCUUCCAGAACCGUCACUGCUAUCAUAACAUGUAUAGCAUUUUCAGCUCUCAGUUUUCCACUUUUCAUGAAGUCCUUGGGGCAGGGGCUGGCCCUGAAGACCAAGAUGUUGUCAUAUUUCACGCUGCUGUUUGGAUUUUACAUGGCGUGGAAUAUAGGAGCCAAUGAUGUGGCUAAUGCCAUGGGGACCUCUGUGGGUUCUGGUGCAUUGACGCUCCGACAGGCGGUGAUCAUGGCGGCAAUUCUGGAAUUCUCUGGGGCGUUGCUUAUGGGAACCCACGUGACCAGCACAAUGCAAAAUGGAAUUCUUGUAGCCGGUGUAUUUCAGGGAAAGAAUAUGCUGUACUUUUCUGGCCUCCUUUCAUCUUUGGCUGCAGCUGGUACAUGGUUGCAGGUUGCAUCAUAUUAUGGAUGGCCCGUCUCGACCACACAUUGUAUAGUGGGAUCAAUGGUUGGAUUUGGCCUUGUCUAUGGAGGAGCCGGUGCGGUCUUCUGGGGUUCACUGGCGAGAGUAACUUCUUCAUGGGUGAUUUCUCCAGUAAUUGGAGCUUUGGCCUCAUUCCUUGUCUAUAAAUGCAUUCGUAGGUUUGUGUACAGUGCAAAGAAUCCAGGACAGGCUGCAGCUGCAGCUGCACCGCUACUCGUAUUUCUGGGCGUAACUGGAAUUUCUUUUGUAGCAUUUCCGCUAAGUAAGAACCUUCAAUGGGCUCUAGCACAGGCCGUUUCCUGUGGAGCAGCAGGUGCAUUCCUCGUGUACAAAAUGAUUCAGGGACAACUUGGCCAUCUACUCAACAAAGCUGCUAGGAAGUCAAAAAAGAUGGAUGAGAGUACGGAUCAGGGUAAAAACAUUGGGUUUCUAGACGAUAUUGCAGGCCCAAAGGGAACUCAGUUGGAGAUAGUUUAUGGGGUAUUUGGAUACAUGCAGGUCCUUUCUGCUUGCUUCAUGUCAUUUGCCCACGGUGGAAAUGAUGUCUCCAAUGCAAUUGGUCCCUUGGCUGCUGCAUUAUCCAUACUUCAUGGCAGCGUUGGUGGAGCUGAGAUAGUCAUUCCUAUUGACGUUCUUGCUUGGGGAGGAUUUGGAAUUGUAGCCGGGCUGAUGAUAUGGGGCUACAGAGUGAUAGCAACCAUUGGGAAGAAGAUAACAGAACUCACACCGACGAGAGGAUUUGCGGCGGAAUUUGCUGCUGCUUCUGUCGUUCUAAUUGCAUCAAAACUUGGUUUACCAAUAUCAGCAACCCAUACAUUGGUUGGUGCAGUCAUGGGUGUAGGCUUCGCAAGGGGACUUAACAAUGUUAGAGCAGAAACUGUGAGAGAGAUAGUUCUUUCUUGGGCUGUGACAAUUCCUGUUGGUGCUUUCCUUUCAGUUUUCUAUACAUGGAUCUUGACCAAGCUUUUGUCAUAUAUUUUAUGAGGCAUGUACCUCUAGAAUUUUCGAUAUGCCUCAUGGAACAACUUGUGUACUAGCUAGUUCAUUCAAGAUAUCCUCUUCCUUUUCCAAAUGGGAAUUGCUAUUUAUUUACCAUCAA